UGGCGGCUGUUUAGUGUGCGCAUUGGCCUCCAAAAACAAACACCAUGUCGGAGAUCAAGUGCCCCAUCUUUAUAGAAACUCCGCUGAUUUAUAGCAACAAAUUGAGCAAGUUGGUCGGCGGCGACAUUUACUUGAAGCUCGAAAAUGACCAGCCGUCUGGGGCGUUCAAACUUCGCGGCAAUGGGUACCACAGUCAGAAGGAGGUGGAAAGAGGAUGCAAAAGGCUCAUCACCGCCUCCGGAGGCAAUACAGGGAUGGCGGUGACCAGGGCAGGUCAAGUUUUGGGCGUCCCAGUCACCGUUUUCAUCCCCAAGAGCACCCCGCAGAUGGUGAUCGACGUUUUGAGGGAGCAAGGGGCCGAGGUCACCGUGCAUGGAGACAACUUUGGCAUGGCAAAUGAUCGGGCCUUGGAGGAAGCAAAAAAACCGGGAUGCUCGUACAUCCACCCCUACAUUCACCCAGAAACUUGGCAGGGUCAUUCGACUAUGGUGGACGAAAUUGCAAAGCAGUUGGGACAAGGAGUGCGACCAGGUUGUUUCAUUGUUUCCGUUGGCGGUGGAGGCCUUGCUAAGGGUGUGCUAACUGGAAUUGAGCGCCAUGGAUGGGCCGACGUCCCUGUAAUUGGGGUUGAAACCGAGGGGGCCGAUUGUUUGAGAAAAGCGUUGGAGGCAGGAAAGCCCGUUGAGCUCGCAGAAAUUACAAGUAUUGCAGUUACUCUUGGAGCGAAAAUGAUUUUGACCGAAUUGUUUGACGAACUUCCAAAAUUUAAUUUCAUUCCGCAUGUUGUCACCGACAAACAAGCAGUUCAAAGUUGUGUCAGAUUUGCAGAUGACCAUAGAAUUUUGGUGGAGCCUUCUUGUGGAGCUGCGCUUUCGGUAAUUUAUUUCGACCUGCUGAAGGAACUCAUUCCAAAAGGAAUUAAAGGGCCAAUAGUGGUCAUAGUUUGUGGCGGAUCAGGGGUUUCCCUAACUCUUCUGCAAAAGUGGGCCCAACAGUUUAAUCUUGAUUUCCCUUACAAAGGACACUAAAGCAAAUGAGAGGACAUCUUUUUAUCUUAUUAUUCAUUCAAUCGAAAGUGUUUUAUUAACUUUCACUUUUAAAUCAACAUCUUAAUAUUGCAACAUGCUUUAUAUAAAUGAAUCUAGCACAUGGCAUAAAAUUAUCGCAAAAUAAUUGAAUAAAAAUAAAUCUGUUGUCCUUUGCAGGAACAGUAACAAUAUUUAAAUUUUA